UGUGGUUACUUUUCAAAGAAUUACCCCCUAUUUAUGAUACUCCAUUGUUCCUGCCCACAAAGCGUGGCGACUAGUUUCAAAGAAUUGGUACGAAACGUUUGACAAAUAAUGUCCUAAUAAUUCCUAACUGUAUUUUCAUUUGUGUGUUUGCUUUGAAACUCCCGAGGCUUUGUUAAGUACACACGUAAACAAAUGUAUUUUAUUUCAUGUUUCCAGUAUUUCGCAUUUAUCUCGAUUUAUUGAAAAAUCACGCGAAUGCGUUCAUCCCUGAUUCAGACUCUCCACGAUGACGUAUUUCGAUCGUUAACACAUCUACGCGAUAUACACAUAGGCGUGUUGUAAGAUAAGAUUACGUUAGCAAGGCAAUCGUAAGCCACAUGAAAACGCAACAAGCCCUAUCGCAAGUUGGUACGGUUAAUUGUUAGUUGAAGUGUCGGUAUAACCUAUUUUCGCGAAGUUCGUUUAACGAUUUCUUACCAUGACCGACGGCAUUGCCGUUGGUUUGUUUCUUUCGCUUCUUUCGAACAUUGUCGGAAACGUAGUUUCGGUUCAAUCUUCGGAGACGUGUCCUUCGUUUUGUACAUGCGACACUUGGUAUAUGUUGCACCGUGUAUCUUGCUCAGGUCGCCAUCUUUACAACAUAGAUACAGGUGCACCGAACAACGUGCAAGCUUUGGACUUAUCGGAUAAUGUGAUAUCAUUUUUAAAUAAUUUUGAGCUAGCUAAUGCAGGAUUGACAAAUCUGAAGUAUCUCAAUCUUUCCGGGAAUACAAUCAAUGAAAUCGGUUUGAAUGCUUUCGAUAACCUUGCCGAUUUAGCAGUCCUGGAUUUGUCCAAAAAUCACCUUUAUUACAUUCUGAGUGACGUCUUUACGCAGAACAAAAAUUUACGAAUUUUAAAGUUAUCGAGAAAUAACUUUAAUUCGAAUCUUCCAAAAUUGCGAUCACCUUGGUUGACGGACCUAAGUUUGGAUUCGUGUCAGAUUAGUCAUUUACCUCCGGACACGUUCGACGGACUCACGCAUAUCGAACGCCUUGAUCUUUCGAACAAUUUGAUGAUUCAGAUGAAUAGCGCUGUCGUGCAGAGAUUGCAUUUUUUGAAGAAAUUAUCUAUAGAAGGAAAUCCUUGGUCCUGCAACAACGUUAUGCACGAUCUGCAAAUAUACCUCAAACACAAAGAUGUAGAAUUCAGUGACGUUUGCGCCAAGAAUACAAACCCAAAGAAAUUUGAGAAGAUGAUUCUUCUACCUACAAAAAGACAAGAAAAUUACCAUCGCUGGACAAUUAAGAAUACGACUGAUCAGGGAACUAAAUUGGUAACCAACGCUAACUACUCGAACUCGUUAAACAAUAAAAAUGCAACGUACAAGCAAACGUCGUGCCAAAUAAACAAUAUCGAUUUGUUUUGGUUUCUUCUUCUCGGUUUCAUAUUUGGUACCGCGUGUGGUAUGGUGGUUUCUUACAUUUGUUUGUCUGGAAAAUAUAUAUGUAGUAGGCAUUGGCGUCGAAACCACAAUGACGCAUCCCAAAGGCUCUCUUUAUUGUUGAAUCCAUAUUUACAAGAUAAUGUAGAGAGUACCACAAGCCUGGCAUCAUCUUGUCCAGGCACUCCUCCACCAUCCUAUCGGGAAGUUGUGUUACGACCGAGACUUUAUCGUUACCUGUCGAGACAUUCCAAUUUAAAUAACAAUAAUACCGGAUACAGAGAAAGGUAUACGUAACUUCAAAAGGUAAUUUAUUAUUGUGGCGUAACUGGGACAAAGUGCGUAUACGUAACGCACUAUAUAAUUUAUUGAGUAUUCAAAUUUCAAAGCUUUAUGCAAUGUACACUCUUCAUGCGACCUUAUUAAAUAAUGAUACAUGCACGCGAUUGUUAUUGGC